AUAAAGGAAAGGCUCCUUUCAUGCUCGAGCUGUAUGCGCCUCGUGGUUACUGCUCCGGCUGCAGCGUGCCGUGGAUGUGCAACGCUUUCAAACAGCGCAUCGACUGUGUUUAGCGAGCGGAAACCCCGCUUCAUCGACGCAUCCCGUCUCAAGGCGUGGUAUAGUGGCAAGGAUACCUUGGAUUUCACCCAGGAUCGGUCCGGGUUCUAUUCUCCGGCGGCGUCGGAAGCGUGCGGUUUCGUGGUGCGACGGCUAGCACUCCUGACUCCGAAUUCAGCAAAAUGUCGGCCGUGAAACGAGAGGUCGGUGGUCGGCGCUCGGUUCUUCCCUCUCGCUCGUUCCUGCGUCCAAGCGUAGCGCACGCGACGUGUUCCUUUGACCGUGUGUCAACCGUGCUGCAUGAACGCGAUCUCGCACGCUGACCUUCUGAAAGGCAAAACCUUCUUGCGACAGGGGAGCCUUCAUCGUGGACGUACACGGCCAUGCUGAGUGGACCGAUGCAGGGCGCCCUUCGCCGAGCGCUGAGGCCCUCGCUGUCCGCGGCCGGCCGCUGCACGUCGGCGCGCAAUGCUUCGCAGGGAGCGUCGGACAGCGACCCCCCGAGGGUGCUCAUCACAGGCAGCUUGGGACAGCUCGGAACGGGAUUGGCUCGGCUACUGAGGAAGAAGUACGGAAAAGAAAACGUCAUCAUGUCCGACAUCGUGCGACCUCCCAAGAACAUCCUCGCGGAAGGCCCGUACGUGUACGCGGACAUCCUGGACUUCAAGAACCUGCAGGAGCUCGUGGUCAACGAGCGCGUCGACUGGCUCAUCCACUUCAGCGCCCUGCUGUCGGCCAUCGGCGAGCGCAACGUGCCGCUGGCCAUGCGCGUCAACGUCGAAGGCGUGCACAACGUCAUGGAGCUGAGCAAGCAGUACCGGCUGCGCCUGUUCGUGCCCAGCACCAUCGGGGCGUUCGGCCCGGACUCGCCGCGCAACCCGACCCCGGACCUGUGCGUUCAGCGGCCGAGGACCAUCUACGGGGUGUCCAAGGUCCACGCGGAACUGCUGGGAGAGUACUACCACCACAAAUUCGGCCUGGAUUUCCGGUGUCUUCGGUUUCCGGGUGUCAUCUCGUACGACAGUGAGCCCGGAGGCGGGACCACAGACUAUGCGGUGCAAGUGUUCCACGACGCCCUCAAGCACGGAAAGUUCACCUGCUACCUGAGGCCUGACACACGCCUCCCAAUGAUCUACAUAACGGACUGCUUGCGCGCUCUCAUGGAGAUGAUGGAGGCCCCCUCGGAGAGCCUCAAGCUUCGCACCUACAACGUGACGGCCAUGGACUUCACGCCCAACGAGCUGUUCCAGGAAGUUCGCAAGCUGGUUCCUGAGCUCGAGGUCGAGUACAAGCCCGACGGGCGGCAAGCAAUCGCUGACUCUUGGCCACAAGUGUUCGAUGACAGCAAUGCGCGCCGGGACUGGGGCUGGAAGCCAACCUACGAUUUGGCUCAGAUGUGCAAAGUUAUGGUGGACAAUCUCCGAACCGUCUAUCAGCGCUGAUCUGGGAGACCAGCUUAGGAAAAAUAGCCAUCUUGAUUCUUCUGGAAACAGCGAAUGCCAAGAAAAAAAGGAGGCUGCAAGUUCUGGGCAUGCGCUGUUUCCCUCACGACUCGCACGCGCCAUCCGUCCACCACUGUCGUCAGCAUCGAAGUGCAAUCGCAGUUGGCUGCAAACUGGAUCCUUAUUCAACACAGUGCUUUAACGAAGGCAGCUUGAACACCUAGACCUGACCUGAAACGCCCUUUUCAUUGCCAUUUUGAUGCUUCAAGCAUACGUCUGUCGCCAACUUCUAGAAACUGCGAGUCAAAUUCACUCUUCAUCUCAGCACUUCUUAGCAAUGCAACUGAAGCAGUGAGCUUGGCCAUUGGAUUUGAGCCAAGAGAAAUCGUAACCGUGCACUACUCCACCAACUUCAUGAUUCUUCCUGUGAAUGUGUGGGCAUGGUAAACAAAACCCUGACAAAGGCCUCUGAUGCUACUAAAAAGUUCGAGCAUUAUGAUGAAAUCUCAAGAACAUCUGCUUCCCAAUGCUCCAUGUUUUAGCACCCAUUGAUUGCAUUGCAUGGCUCUCUUGCCUUCUCACUAAUUCAUGUUAGACACGCAGUCACCAAACUGUGCUUGGCAAUGUCUGCUGGAACACAAGUAGCAAAAGAAUAAAAAGAAAAAUAGAAAGAAGACAGCAAGAAAACAGAUGAUGCGAGACAAGUGUUUACAUGAAGAUGGAAGUGAUCAACAUAGUGGAGUGAGGGAUGUCUCGGAUCAGAGCCAACGUUUUGAGGAGACUUGUUUUUGUCAGCGCCCCAAUGAUGGCAAGUCCCUUUGUCAAAUGUUGGCUCCAGCCCAAGGCAUCCCUUGCCCAACCACUGUUGACGUAACUUCAUGAGUGCAAUAGGGGUUAAACACACCUAUUGCCUUCUUUCCUAGCCUCACUUUGUCAUGUGCUGCUACUACAUCCCCUACUGAAAGUUGUAUGCAUUUCGGCCAUCGCAGCUUGUGACCUCAUGGCUAACCUGAAACCUAGAGCAGUUGCUUUUCUGUCGCGAUCAGGAAACAGGUGGUGACAAGCCGAAUGUUUCACACUUCUCUCGUGAUGUAAAAACUGUGAAAGAGUGAUGAGCUUUCUCAUUCAGCACAGUUUGUGAUUGCUAUGUUACCUUUGCAAGAAAAAAAGAAAUGUGGCUUUUUGUAGAAGUGUGUGCCUUAAAAACGUCUUUCAUUGUGCGACAUCUGUCAAGUUGCAAGUGUUGACAGUGUUUACCUUACAGGCAAAUUAAAAGUUAAGCUACGAGGUAAUUUAACUAUCCAAAAAAUUCUCCUUGUAGACAUUACACAGAGUUGAUAUAAGCAUAUAGGAGCAGAUAUUUAUUCAACUGAACAUACCCUCACUACUGUGAUGGGCAAAAUUUUGUUCAUAUUGUCAGCGGCAACUAAACAUAGCAGCACAUUUGGUGAGCAGCAACUAUCAGUGCAUCAGUGUAUCAGUUGCAGUGAAGUGUUGACAGCAUACAACAGCAGCUUUAGACAUAGCCUAAACAAUUUUUCAGCACUCAAACUUGUAAAUAAGGACAGCUUUGUGUGCACAUGUUUGUUCAAUGUGAACUUUUCAAAGAUGUAUUUCUGCCUUUGUACAGAGCAAUGUAGUGUGUCGGUCAGAAUUGUUGUUUGAGUAUUUACAGGCUCUUGUAAUUCAAGACAUUCAGCAUAUGCAUGAGCUGUUAACUCUAUCUCUUUAGUUAUGAGUAGAUUUAAAGACUGCUUUUUUUAGAUGCUUCUUACCCAUUAUGUACAAGAAGCUUUUCAAUGGCUGUAUUUUGUGACAAUUCCUUUCCUUAACAUGUUUGCUGUGGCAGCAUUUUUCUUUUUUUGAAGUCCCGAUUGGAUAUAUAGAAUAUUUGCACAAGCCUACUAUUACUACUACAUGAGCAGAGUGACAAGUUUCAGCGGCCACAGCCCAUCAGUUACGCUCGCGGCCAAUAACACAGAAUGUCACAUGCUGGAAGCACAAAGUUGCCCAAAUGUUAUUUGACUGAACCUUGCAUCCACACAUCGUAGAACUGCUAUAUGAAGUACUUUCUGCAAAGAACACAUCACAGAUCACAAACAACUUCACUGCGAGGCAUGAAACGAUGUGUAGUGAUAACUAAGUGCUUUGUAGUAUUUUAUAAUGCAUUGCACACUGAACUAAAUGAACUGUUCAUUGAGGCGGCACUCUUAAAAUAUCGCAAAUCAUGUGAAAAAUAAAAAUAAUUGAACAGCUUUUCAGUUAACUUGACACAGCACAAUCCUGUUUCAGCACUUUCAAUCAGUGGGCCUCUAACACGCCUGCCAAUCGUAGUUGACCAUACUCGUGCGACACAGUUCACAGAACAGGCUCUAGGGUUUUUAGGAUGGCAUGCUAGGUCCAGUGCUGAGAAGCUGCAGAAUGCAAAUGCUAAAACACUUCACAUUGUACAUCAGGUCAUGUUUUGGUAAAGACUCGCAUUCCUUGUACUUAAGAGCAACAGACUCAGACAUAAAAUGUUCAGCUUAAGAAGAGCGCGCAAGUUAGACAGAAGAUAACAAACAAGGAGUGAUCUAUUUGUCUCUAGGCUUCAUCUCUCUUGCGUCCUUGUUACAAUGUGCAUUCUACAUCUCACCAUCCUAAACCAAAACACCCAAUGAACUGAUUUUAUUCGAUAUUGAGAAUAAUAUCAGUGCCUUAAGAAUGACACAGCCAAACAAUCAUUUCUCCUUUGAAAACGUGACGCUUUGUUGAUGACAAAGAUUGUACGCUGUUACUGCAUGGACCAUGAAUUUAUAAAAUUAGGACAGCUGAAAACACCAAGCAGACAAGACUGCACACAUUAGUCAUUGUUUACAUGAUUGCAUACAAGUGCUUCACUGUUUUGAAAAGAGUACCUUGCAGCAUGUCAUUGAAUACAGUAAACCCUUUUAAUACGUGCUCCACAGGAGUGCAUGAAUAGAAUUUAGAAAAUGCAUUAUGGUAACAUACUGUUAAAUGGAUUAUAAAAACAAAUGCACAGCUAACUCAGGAUGACAGGUCUAACUUUUGCUUGAUUGCUUUCAGGGAGGGAUACAUUCACUUUCGCAGGAUGUAGUGCCCAAUGCGAUUCCUCGAUGGAGCGAUACACAUUCCACUUUGAUUAAUCAGCAUAUGCCAAGUAGAUAUUCUCGAAAAUGAUUGGUAGACAACACAACCCCAGUCUUUAAAGAAUGAUCUACCAGUCUAAACCAAGUCAGUCUCUCUUGUUGGUGCUUUUAAACACACCAGAGACUAACCUUCAGCAAUGGUAUAUAACUGGAAAAAAAGAAGAAAAAAGUAUCCAAGAAGGCUGUAUUAAUGGGGUUCUGCUGUGCCUGUUUUACACACUGACAAAAGGAAGGACAUUCUACCAUUCCUUGCUCCUUAUUUCAUUAUUGUUUUGAAGGAAGGAAUGGAUUGUUAAAACAGAAUAUUUAUUAAAAAUUGCUGAAAACUCUU